AUGUUUCCCAUCAUGGUGUCCCCCGUCAUCUCGUCUUCCGAGCCAGCCAAGGAGAGCAAACUUACCAGAGCUUGGAAAAGAGUAUCUGGUGAAUCUCAAGCAACCGAUUCGAAAUUGCCAGGCGAAAAAAUUUCAAUUGAUUUGAGACGCACUUCAACGGUUAAUUCUAAAGGAAUGAAACCCCCUCUUGAACCACACAAAAGAAGUGCCAGCGUACAGCUGGAGACGACUACGAAGAAGAUGGACACCGUUGGAGAAGAAGCCGCCGGUGAACUUGGGGGGUUUGGUGGACUUGGAAUCAAUUUCUAUGAUCAUCUUGGUAACAAAAUUGCGCCGCAGGCAAUUGUACCUCCUGAAAUACCCAGAAGUCAAUCUCCUCAAAUACCAAGGACUCAAUCUCCUCGAGCGCCGGGUACUCAGAAGCCCAUGUCGCCGCUUCCAAAGGAUCCGCCUGUAGUUGCACGAUCACCUUUGGUAAUUCGCGAAUCCUUCACUCAAAACUUCAGCUUUCCUGAAAAUCCGGACCCAGAAGCUAUUGUCGAUAGCGACGCUUUCCUUGGUAGUCUUCUCGAAAGAACCCUUCGCGAGCAAUCCGAAGCUCUUUGUCCAAGUCCAACGGGGAGCAGGAAGAGCUCUAUUCGCCUCAAUACACCAAAGAGCAUCCGUCAAGUCUCUGCUGCCAAGCCAAUUACAACUUCUGGUCCCUUCGGAAUGAGAAAUUAUACGGCACCAAUGAAUAUAACUUCUUCGUCUGAGCUCACGUAUACACCAACCCGAGGACCAAAGCUAGGUAUCACAACAUCAUUACCACAUUCGCGAAUUUUGAGUUUGCGAACACCGAGCGUUACUGAAUCAGAAGUGGCAGAUUAUUUUAAUUCUGGAGUUAUCAGUAAAGAAAAUAGUGGUUUUACUCCCGAGUCAGUUACAAGUGAAACGCCGUUCCCACUAAAUUCGAAGAUUUACCGAAUCCCAUCAUCCCCUACAAUUGCCAAGCGCUCUUCCCGAAAUAAGCCGUCUAAGCCACAACGUGGUGAGCUUUACUUCUUCGAACACGAACGGCAAAAGAUUGAACAACUCGUUGCGCAAAGUGAAAAUCGAAAUUGUACAGAGCAUCAAAAUUGUGCCGAUUGUAUUGAGAAGGAAUACGCAUAUUACGAGAACAGAAUCAUGUCUACUUCAAUGCCCCCAGAACGUCGCCAACAGAUCAUGAAGGCCAAUAGAUCUAUUCGCAAUAUCAAGAAUGAGCUUGAGAACCUUCUUGAAGAUGAACUCAUUACUUACGAGGUGUAUGAGCUUAUGGUUAGCAAACUUCCCUCGGAAAACAGCUUGAACUCGACCUCUUCCCCCGCUCCUCGUGCCAACGUUGCCGCUCCAGCACCAGUCGCUCCCGUCGCCGCAUUCUCACAAUUGAAUGUCAACGAUAACCCUCCACCAUCAUACCAAUCUACUCCAAACCUUCCUCCCCGCGGACCAACCCAACCACCUGCUCGACCAGAAGUCGGACGCGCCACCGCUCUUUACCGUUAUACCGAACCUGAAGACUGCAACUUCGAUGUUGGUGAUAUUAUUAUCAUCUACGAAUACAUGAAUGAUGAUUGGUGGAUGGGCAAGAAUGAAAAGACUGGAAGAGAGGGUGUAUUCCCAUCGAACUACGUCCAGAAGCAUCAAAACCAGUCUCCCCAGGGCGCCUAUUAUGGCAACGAGAAGGCCACAUACAACCCAUAUGGCUCUCAACAACAAGGAAUUGUACCACCCGGACCAAGCAACCCUUACAAUAGCUCCGUUCCCCCAAUGGCUGUCGCAGAACAACCUACCGAAGAAAAGUCUAGCAAGGGUGGAGAGAUGGGUAAGAAGUUUGGUAAGAAAUUGGGCAAUGCCGCUAUCUUCGGUGCUGGAGCUACGAUCGGUGGAAACAUUGUCAACUCGAUUUUCUAAAUAUUAUGGUUGUCAUGCUUUUUGAAGUAAAGAUUCUCCGACGUCUACAUAACAAUUACUCGGGGGAAAAAAAGACAGACUUUUCCUAUCUCCAAGUAUCGAUAGGGGUUUGAACUAUUUACAGCUGGCUUCUUCACUCUGGAGGGCCACAAUUUUCGAGUCGGGAGUUUUCUUAUAUUACGGCAAUGCAUGUUUUGAUUACAGUGUUGCUCUUCUCGGUUUCAUAUACUCGGAGUUCUGGUAGGAAUUGAAUCCUUUUCUGUAUUCGCGGUCUUUGCGCCAUCUAUGAAAGGACUACUGGACUUUCUUAAUAUUGUGUUUUGGGAUUCACAUACAGAUUACUUUCCGGUUGUACCUAGAGAUACCUGGUUACUGAACAAAAUGAAUCUCUCUUUUCAAUGAUGAACAUUCUACCAACAUAUCAUUAUGAUACGUGCAUUGUGAUAGUUUCUCCUUUAAAUUAUCACUGAGCCACAUCACGUGUAGAUAGCGGAUAGAUAACGGAAUUAGAAGUUGGUCGACGU